CUCAAAUGAGUGCGGACAACUCCAGAUCUCUAGGAGGGCAAUGCCAUUUGAUUUCUCAUCUGACUGUGAAUGUCCUAACUGCUUGGAGAGUACUCAGAAUGAACCUGAUUGGAAUCCCUGUUUCAACAAGAGUCGUAAUGACUCUUUAUAUUCAAGAUCAAGAAAGAAAUCCAUGCUUUCUUCUGGUGUGCAGUGCUUUCCUUCUCAGUGUUGUUCCACCAGGCCAGAGAGUGACACCAAAGAAGACUCAGGCUUUCUUCCCUCAGAGGAGGAAAGCUACAUGGAGUCUUCUCAAAACAACUAUGUCAGUCUGAACCCUGAGGGCAUUACAAGGAAAAUCAGACCAUUGAAAGAGUUGACUGUCCAGGAAUUACUGAGGGAGUUCGGGGAUAGUGGGAAAUUCCAGCCAAAUUCCACGUCUGUAGGCCACUUUAGAGAUCAGGUGGUAAUGAAGUUCAGAAGAGCUCUGUAUUAUUCCGGAAUUUGGGUGACACAUGUCCAAGGCUACAGACUUGAAAAGCAUUUGUCAGCUAAUUAUUUCAAGAGAAACCCUGGUUGUUUACAUCGGCUGGUCCCCUGGCUGAAACGGGAACUAACAGCUGUUUAUGGAGAUUAUGGCUAUACAGUGAAGAAUAUCCUAUCCACUAUUCUCCAACACAUGACAGAAUAUGAUCUGGACAGUGAGUCCUUCAUUCACCUCCUGGAACCUUAUCUCCAACAACACACUCACCAUUUUCUGCAUGAGUUUAUCAGUUUUGUUCAUUCACCUUAUAACAUGGAAACCUAUGACCAACGAGCCAUUUAUCAAUGUCCUUCCAUUUCACCAUGGGUAAAAAAGAAGUCCAUAGCAUCAGCUUCUGUUUUGCCUUUGUCUAAGGAUCAGGCUCUACUGGCAUCUCAGCAUGAUACAAGGCAGUCUAGAAAUACCCGGGACCAAUGGAAUAAUGAGCAGAAGCCUCUGUCAGGCUUAAAACCAUUUCCAAAUGGUAACUCUUCCUUGAAGAAAUCUGAAUUCUCACUACUUCAUCAUAAAACAGCAAGCAAAAUCCAUGCUUGGAUCAAAGACAAACCAGAAUCAGGAGAUCAAAAAGGCACAACUUCUGCUAAUAUAUUCCUGAAUUAUACUACACCAAGGGAAAGGGGCCCAAGCUUACGGAAUUGCAAAAAAAAAGUUCAAGAGAGGAAAAUGGAAGGAAUAAAGUUGCUUCCUGGUCACGUCCAGGAUCUGGGAAAGAGUGAAACAACUGCAUGUACUUUCAGUUCCCCAGCAAUUUUUAAUCAGGGGCAGCCAUUUCAAUACAAUUUAAGAGAAGAAAGGAUUUUGAGUCCUGACCAGGAGAUCAACUUCCAGAAAAAAGAAGCAGAAAAAAAUACAUACUCAGAUUCUUCACCGAAGAUUUUUCAAAGAAGAUUGCCCAGAGAAAGAUCCUUGCUAAGCUGCAAAUCCAGAAAGAGAGACCCUUCUUGGAGCUGUAUUUCAGAAAUUGCCCUUUCUUCUAAGAGAAAUAGUAGGAAACUGAGCUCUUUUAGAAAAAAGAGAUUGAAGGGCAAACAGUCCUCCCAAUUUGCAGAAGCUGGUUCACAUUUCAGUAGAAGAAUCCAAAGACCAUCAAGGUCCAGUACUCACAGAUCCAAAUCUUGGUGUGUUGGGCUUACAAAGAGAUCUUUAAGCAGAGAAUCAAGUAAUCCCUCUCUCAGAGGAAGUCACAGAAGCGAAUGCUUCACCCAAAAUAUAUGCUGUGACCACUCAAAAGAAAAUAAUGUGCAUAGUUAUGAAUCCAACUGUGGAAGAGCAUCUUCGACCACAGUCCAAUAUGCGAAACUUCCUUCAACUUCUGGGAAGAGACCCAAGUGUUCUUCUAAAAGUGAGAGUACUUCCCAAGAUGGAAGCCACUGUAAUAGUCUCACAUGCCCACAGAUUGAGAAACACAGAUCCCCAAAUAAACAAGAAAUGAGGCAAAAAUCUACAUUUCCAAGAGGUGGCAAAACCAGAGCAGUUAGGCACAGAAAAAACAAAUGCCAGUGUCUAGAUAAAAAGACCACAAAGGAAAUCAGUGAUGAAGUUGGGGAUCUGAAUGAUAUAAGGCAAAGGAGUAGUCUUUCUGAGUGUGCACCUGCCUGCAGGAGGCAAAUCCAAAAGAAAAAAAAGUCAGGUCAUCAGAAAUGUCACUGGGCCAAGAAUGAACAUAAAGGAGACAAAGUAUCAGAAACACAAGGUUGCAGAUUGUUUUGAAAGGCAAAUGAGUCUAUUCAGUUAGCCACCAAGGAUCUUUGAAAAUAAUAAUAUUAAUCUGGAAAAGACUCAUCCCAUUGCUUUGUAACUGGAACUAAAAGCCUGAUGAAUUAAACUUAAGGCUUCCUGUAGAGACAAAUGCAUAUUAUUAAA